AUGGGCAAAAAGAAGUCAAAGGGCGAAUACAACGACUUUCUAGACGGCGAGAAGCUGCGCGACAACACCGAGAUCAGAACGACAUUGCAGGGCUUUGCAUCUCGAGACAUUCCAUCACCAUCAGUACAAAAAGAUCAGACAUACAGCAAGAAACAAGGCAAAGGCGCAGCAAAGAAACCACAACUCACACAUUUCCUGUGUCUACCCUUAGUCACCGAGUCGAGCCGCUCCGAACUACACCAAAGACUCGAAGAAUUCAAAGAAGAGCUAUCAAAAGAUGGACCCGUCCCCACAAAAGCCGUCCGACCAGUCGGCACUCUUCACCUCACCCUCGGCGUAAUGAGUCUCUCUCCACAGCAACUAUCCGAAGCGCAACAAUACCUUUCAGACCUAGACCUCCACAACCUCCUCCGCGACAUAACCCACCAGCGCGUCGCAGAAGCCGCCGCCGAAAGCGGCGAGAUAGCCGAGAACCUCAAUGCUGCAGCCAUGCCCGACACGGAUGCUUUGACAAUCAACUUGGAAGCCCUGAUUCCUAUGCAAGCGCCGCAUAAAACGAGUAUACUGUAUGCGGAACCUCAAGAUGCGUCACAGCGCUUGCAGCCGUUUGCUGCGGCGUUAAGAGAUAGGUUUACGGAGCAGGGGUUGUUGGUUGAGGAUAGUAGGGCUUUGAGGUUGCAUGCUACGAUUAUGAAUACUAUUUAUGCGAAGCCGAAGGGAGGGAGGGGAAGGUCGAAAAGUGGGAAGGUUAAAGAUGGGUUGAAGCAUGUGCAACAUAAAGUCUCGCCUCAUCAUCACGGGAACGGGGUGGAUGGUCAGACCGCUCACGCCGAUAUUAACGGCCAUGAUGCACAAGAAGAUGACGGCGCGUCAACAGCAGGCUCGGUGGAUGGUAACACUGCCGAAGCUUCAACAGCAGAUCCAUCUCCUCCGACGGGUGAAGGACAUGGUCCAGAUGCCAAGAGCUGGAUGCGCUUCGAUGCGCGCAAUCUGAUUGAGAAGUACAAGGGGUUUGUCUGGGCGGAGAGUGUUAGAGUGGAUAGAGUAUGUAUUUGUAAGAUGGGUGCGAAGAAAUUUUGGAGCGGGGGUGCGGAAGGACAGGGAGAGGUGGUGGAUGAACGGUAUGAGGUCGUCUGUGAGAAGGAGAUCUUUUGA